GAAGUGGUGCUCACUUUUCUCCAGUCUGCUCUUCUGCACUGGCUGUUGUUGUUGUUUUGAUCUUCUUCCUCUUCUUCUCCACAAUGACAACUUUCGACUUCUCGGAUGUGGAGGCGUUUCUGGACCAUCACCCGGACCUGUUCGAGCAGUACCUGAUGCGCAAGGGCCGCUGCGACUCUCUGCGCAGGUGGCUGGAGCGCCGCGCGCCCCCCAAAUCGCCACAGGCGGAGGAGAAGGAGAAGCGCGAGCCGUGCGCGUCGCCGUCGCCCUGCGCGGACGCUCUGAAGCGCCGCUCGUCGCACGUGGAGCUGAGGCGCAGCUUCGCGCGCUCCAAGGCGAGCACCGCGCACCGCACGUACGACGAGCACGUCAGUCUGUCGGCGCACGAGUCGCAGUCCAGCGUGCGGCGGCGCGCGCUCCUGCGCAAGGCCAGCUCGCUGCCGCCCACCACGGCGCACAUCCUCAGCGCGCUGCUGGAGUCGCGCGUGAGCGUCCCGCGCUACCCGUCCAGCGCGCUCGACUACAAGUGCCGCCUGAAGGAGAACAACGAGCGCGAGUUCUUCCUCGAGCUCGUCAAGGACAUCUCCAACGAGCUGGACAUGACCAACCUGAGCUACAAGAUCCUCAUCAACGUGUGCAUCAUGGUGAGCGCGGACCGCUGCUCGCUCUUCCUCGUGGAGGGACCGUCGCACAAGAGGACGCUUGUGUCCAAGUUCUUUGACGUGCACUCAGGGACCACCGUGCGACCCUCCUCCAGCAUGAACUCCAGCGAGGUGCAGGUGCCCUGGGGAAAGGGCAUCAUCGGAUACGUGGCGGAGCACGGCGAGACUGUCAACAUCCCCAACGCCUACGAGGACCAUCGCUUCAGUGACGAGAUUGACAAGCUGACAGGUUAUAAGACACAGUCAAUCCUGUGCAUGGCCAUUUGUAACAGUGAUGGGGAGGUGAUUGGAGUAGUGCAGGCCAUCAACAAAAACCCCAAAGGAACUCCCUUCACUGAGGACGAUGAAAAGGUGCUGCAGAUGUAUCUGCCUUUCUGUGGAAUAUCGAUCUCCAAUGCCAAGCUCUUCUCAGAAUCCCGCAAAGAGUACGAUAGAAGCAGGGCUCUUCUGGAGGUGGUGAACGAUCUGUUUGAGGAGCAGACAGACCUGGAGAAGAUUGUGAGGAAGAUCAUGCAGAGAGCUCUAACGCUGCUGCAGUGUGAACGCUGUUCUGUGCUGCUGCUGGAGGACAUCCACUCACCGGUGGUGAAGUUCUCUAAGACGUUUGAGCUCAUGUCUCCACUCUGCAGUGUUGAUCAUGACAUAAGCAUGGAGAAGGUGUCCUGUUCGGACUGGCUGAUCAAUAACAGCAUUGCUGAGCUGGUGGCAUCCACAGGCCUACCAGUCAACAUCAGUGACGUGUGUCAGGAUCCCCGCUUUGAUGCUGAGGCUGACCAGGCCUCAGGGUUUCAUAUCAGAUCAGUGCUGUGUGUGCCCAUUUGGAACAGAACCCAUCAAAUAAUUGGUGUUGCUCAGAUUCUGAAUCGCUUGGACAGGAAGACGUUUAAUGAUGCAGAUCAAAGGCUGUUUGAGGCCUUUGUUAUAUUCUGUGGCCUCGGCAUAAACAAUACGAUGAUGUACAACCAGGUGAAGAAGACCUGGGCCAAGCAGUCUGUGGCUCUGGAUAUGCUGUCUUAUCAUGCCACGUGCUCGAAGGUAGAGGUGGAUCGACUCAAGGCUGCAAAGAUCCCCCUGAGCAGCGAACUGGGCAUCGACAAGUUCCACUUUAAUGACUUUUCACUGGACAAUGAUGCCAUGAUCACGGCCUCCCUGCGGAUGUUUCUGGAGCUCGGGGUUGUGCAGAAAUUUAAAAUUGAUUAUGAGGUACUGUGCCGAUGGCUGCUCACUGUGAGGAAGAACUACCGCACUGUGGCCUACCACAACUGGAGACAUGCCUUCAACGUCUCCCAGUGCAUGUUCGUUAUGAUCACCACUGCAGGGUUUCAGGAGGUUCUGACGGAUACUGAGACUCUGGCACUGAUGGUUGGGUGUCUCUGCCAUGACCUGGAUCAUCGAGGCACAAACAACGCCUUUCAGGCCAAGUCAGGAUCAGCACUGGCACUGCUGUAUGGAACAUCAGCCACUCUAGAGCAUCACCAUUUCAAUCACGCGGUCAUGAUCCUGCAGAGCGAGGGUCACAAUAUUUUUGCCAACCUCUGCUCGAAGGAGUACAGUCACAUGAUGCAGCUCCUGAAACAAGCAAUCCUGUCCACAGACCUCACCCUCUAUUUCCAAAGAAGAACCAAGUUCUUUGAGUGUGUUCUGUCUGGAGAGUUCAGCUGGUCGAUUCAAGAGCACAGAGAUGUCCUGAGGUCUAUGCUGAUGACUGCGUGUGAUUUGGGUGCAGUGACUCGACCGUGGGAAAUCUCUAAACAGGUGGCAGAACUGGUGACUAGUGAGUUCUUUGAGCAGGGUGAUAGAGAGAGAGCCGAGCUGAAGCUCACUCCAUCUGCCAUCUUUGACCGCAACCGUAAAGAUGAACUCCCUGCACUCCAGCUGGAGUGGAUUGAUGGGAUUUGUAAGCCAUUGUAUGAGGCUUUGGUGAAGCUGAAUAGGAAGCUCCAGCCAAUGGUAGAUGGAAUUGAUGCCAACCGCAAGAAGUGGGAGGAGCUUUGCCUGUCCUAUCAGCAAGCAUGCAGCAUCUCAGAACCCUCCAGCCCCUGUCAAGUAGAGGGAGAGGGAGAAGAAACCAAUCCAAGCAAAGAAUCCACCCCUAGAACACAAGCUGGGUCAUGUGGAAAUGCAGCGACCAAUCAAAGCACAGAGUCUAAGCACUGACCGGAGUCAAACAUCUGUAGCCAAUCAGAAGAAGAUAAUGGGGGGAGCUGAUGUGGAAGAAUGUGGGAGGGAGCCCAAAAGAGAAUGAGCAGUCACAUUACACUGUCUGAUUAAGAUGCAUAAACAUUUUUUUUUUUUACUGACUGAAAUACAGCAAAAAUGCUGUACAGCAUAAGAACAAGCUACAGUUGGGAUGUUCCAUGUGUUUUUUUUUUGUUGUAUUAUAUAUAUAUUUAUUAGUAGUAUCACUUAACAUCUAAGUGGCACAAGUUAGAAGGAAAAAUGGCAAUUCAUGUGUCACAUAUACAAGUGCAUCUCAAAAAAAUAGAAUAUCAUUGAAAAGUUACUUUAUUUCAGUAAUUGAGUAUGUGACAACAUGUCAGUUAGGAAGCUACUCUGCCUGUUUUUUGUUCAUGUAAUUCUAAAUCUAGCUCGGCUGUUCUGACGUGAAUGGACUGUUUCUAAUUCAUGACAGUGAGUGAAAAUGUGAAAACGAGCUAAAUCUAAUGGCUGAAUGCAUGGUGGCUGACAGCAUGUUGAGACCAGUUCAGAAUAUGUGAUGAAUUCACGUCACAGAACAUGAGAAUAUUCUUGAAUGAAGCACUAACACUGAUUUGCUUGAUUGAGACUGACUGUGAGUUUUUAUCACUGUGAUGCUUUGCACUUCUUGACCUGUUGUAUAUUACGACGUAUGUUUCAUGGUUCAAACAGUCUCAUGCCUUUUCCACAUUCAUACCACAUGUAAUACUUAAUUUUUCUGUAAAUACAUCCAAUUGAGUCAUGAUUUAGCAAUCCACCACUUAUGACACUGCACAGUAUUGUUUCCUUAUGUCAUAAACAGUAUAAUAUCAUAUUAGAGUCAUAUACACACACAUUGGACCUAUUUGCCAACCAUGCUAAAAACUAAACUUCUUCCUAAAACCUAUUCUGCCACAGAUGAAGAUUCUUAUUUGGAAUUUGCUUAAUUUACAAAAACAGUAGGAUCAUCUGUAUUAGAGCAUCAUAACAAACCUGCAAAUUCUGCACACCCACCUUCUCAAGAACAAAAUUAAGAAAAUAAUAAGGAAGUUUUUGGUGAAUGUAGCCCAUUAAAAUUAAUGAUAACUGAGGUAUAAUGUUAAAUGUCUGAUAAUCAGAAAUUUACAGGCGUGUAUAUUUGCAAAUCCUUUAAACAUACCUUUAUUUGUUUUUGCAAAUUGACUUGAUGUGUGGUACAGAAAGUGUCUUAAAUGAAACAAUUCAUUUGAUGGCAGUAUCUCUCAGCAUUCUUUGUGUUUUUUAUAUCAGUAAUAGAAAAAGUGGUAUAAUCUGUAAUCUGGAGUAUUAAGCUUUAUUCAAAUCCAAAAAUGUUUGUAACGUUACUUUUUAACAGUAUUUGAACAGUAUGUAACUGAUUACUCUAAAACGUUUUUGUGAAAUCACUGUGAAUUCUAGAGUGAAGUAACUGUACUGCAUGCUGCAUUAAGCUGCUUUGAAAUGGCUCUGUGCUUUAAACAGGAGUGUGAAAUUUCAGGUCGAUUUGCAGAUUUGCUGCUAACGUUACCAGCAUGCAUGCAGUUGCAUUGUGUGCUCUGUUAAAUGUUUGCCUUACUCAAAGAUGAGUUGUGUGGUAUUUUUGCAUUGAUUGCUAUUUGGCAUUUCGAAAAGAGAUCAUUUAUAUUCUUGUGAACUAGAUGAUGGGAGGGAUAAAACAUGUUUUUAAAUAUUUUAUUAGCUACAAUGAAAGUAACAUUAAUGUUCGUAUGACAUACUUUGGGCCUGCACAUUUCUUUACUGGAUCUUUUUUUUAUAUAUAUAUAUAUUUCAGUGUCUAUGAACUCCACUGAAUGCCAAAUGAAUGUCAAAGAACUACUGUAGCCAGACGCAGAGCUGGUCAUUCUCCUCAGGCAGUUUUGUAAAUAAAGAGCACUGUGAUCCAAAAA